CAACCAGUCUCGUACGUAGCGUCUUGCGUCAUCACGCAGUGGGCGUGGCCAAACACCAAUACGGAAGCCGUUCCUGUGGUCCCGUGUGGUCCUGACUUGCCUGGCACCUUGGCACCGCAGUACCCUCAAGAGGAAAAUCUGUGAUAUUUGUCCCUUUCUACCGAGCUCACCGGCUUCAUUUGGACCCCUGACCUUUUAACGGUGACAUCCGGGACACUACAAUGCUCUCACCGAGGUUCCUGCUGCUGAGGUCAGCUGCGUCCUUCACGGCCAGGUCCUUCUGCGCGGCGGGGGGCGUGUCCAAGCCUGGCACGGCGCCGGACAUGGCAGAAGGAGAUCCACUUUUACACGUGUCUAAUGUGCGAAACAGGCUGAGAGAAAUCGUGGGAGCUUCCCGUAACUGGAGGGACCACCAGCAGGCCAUGUCGGAGCGCCUGUCGCUGUCGUCCAUGUUGGCGAAGUCUCAGAACGAUCUUCCAGCCAAGACGAUGAAGGACAGCUCCCUAGAGGUGCACCUGCCUCUGGGCUCUGAGCCACAGCUCCGAGAGAAAUACCUCACCUUCCACAACACUGUCAGGUUUGGGAGAAUCCUGGAGGACUUGGACAGUUUAGCAGUCCUCAUCUCUUACUCUCACACCUACAAUCCGACACUGAAGAGGUCUCCCCUGUCCAUCGUCACCGCCCUGGUGGAUAAGAUCGACAUGAGGCAGCACGUCAUCUAUCCUGACUGCGACAUCAAGUUCACUGGUCAUGUGACGUGGGUGGGAAAGACUUCUAUUGAAGCCAAGAUGCACAUGUCACAGUACGUUAAUGGAGCAUAUACCCCGGUUCUGGAUGCUACGUUUGUCAUGGUGGCCCGGGAUCCAGAAAACAAGAGGGCAGCUUUUGUAAAUCCACUGAAGCCUGAAGGUCCAGAGGAGGAGAGACUUUUCCAGGAAGGAGAAGCCAAUAAAUCCCGCCGCGUGGCUCUGAGCACUGCGUCGCUGCUGAAAGUGGCGCCCACAGACGAGGAGAGGAAGAUCGUACACAGUCUGUUCCUCAACACGCUGGACACAAAGACGGUCAGUUUCCGGAGCAGAAUUCUGCCUCCAAACUCAGUGUGGAUGGAAGACGCCAAAGUGAAAGGACUGGAGAUCUGCCACCCUCAGGAGAGGAACAUCUUCAACAGGAUAUUUGGAGGUUUUCUGAUGAGGAAAGCCUACGAGUUGGGCUGGGCCAACGCCUGCUCCUUUGGAGGAUGUCGACCCAGUCUGGUGGCUGUUGACGAUAUCCUCUUCCAGAAACCCGUGGACAUCGGCUCGCUGCUGCUGCUCUCAUCACAGGUGUGUUACACACAGGGGAAUCACAUCCAGGUCAGAGUUCACAGCGAGGUGUUUGACCCUCUGACCCGCCAGCACAACACCACCAACGUCUUCCACUUCACCUUCUUUUCUGACCGCGACGUCCCCAACAUCAUCCCAAUGACAUACGGAGAGUCGAUGCUUUACCUGGACGGGAAGAGACACUUCAAUCAGACUGUGGAGCCCUGAACACAACAUGUCUGCUGCCUGCCAAAACCUGUGUGUCUCAGUGUGUGUGUGUGUGUGUGUGUGUGUCGGAGGUCAAUAAGAUAAGAAUAAAUGCACUUAAUACAGUAUACAUCCUUUUUACAUCACGCCUUGUUAAACUGUACAGACCCGACAUGGUAACCAUGUUUGAUUCCUGUUACUUUAUGUGUUCCGUUAUCAUUUACUGUAUAUUUUAUUUACUCUUUGUCGUUUGACAGCCAGUCAGCGUUUACAACUUCUCAACAUUUAAACGUUUUCCUGGCCUUUUCAUAACCUCAUUUAUUCCUGAUUGCUUUACAGUUUUUAUAUUCCACUGUCGCUUAUACGCACACGUAUUUUAUAAUGAAUGGGAAGCUUUAUUCUGAAUGUGUCAGGCUGCUGCAAGACGGAGGAGGGAGCAUUUUUCUGGCUUUAUGUCGUCUAUUUAGUCAAAUGCAAUAAAUGAAUUCUUAUUUAUGCUGACUUCA